GAUAACUCUUGUUUGUUCGCAGUUCCCACCACACAGAGUGCGAAGUGUGGACUGCUGAAGCCCUGGAUCACGGUCAAGGUUGGAAAAACAGCCGCAUAAGUGCAGUUCUAUUUUAUCCCGUUUUGCUAUCUUUACUCCUCUGAAUUAUACAACGAUAAUCCAGAUAGCUGCAGAAACUUGGCAUCAUGGCAGACCGUGGCCAUGGCAACAAGAAUCAGAUGCUGUUUCUUGGAGGCACAUCCCAUCCUGAACUGGCACAGUUGGUGGCGAGCAAACUUGGGGUUCGUCUCUGUGAAAUUACCACUUUCCAUAAGCUCAACAGAGAGACGACUGUUGAGAUCAAGGAGUCGGUGCGAGGAAAAGAUGUCUACAUCCUGCAGACUGGCACCAAGGAUGUGAACAAUGACAUCAUGGAGCUGAUGAUCAUCGCCUAUGCUUGUCGCACCAGCUCAGCCAGCAACAUUGUUGGCGUCAUCCCCUACCUGCCCUAUUCCAAACAGAGUAAAAUGAGAAAGAGGGGCUGCAUUGUGGGCAAACUGCUAGCUACCAUGCUGGGCAAGGCAGGUUUCACCCAUGUAAUCACCAUGGAUCUGCACCAGAAGGAAAUCCAGGGCUUCUUCAACAUUCCUGUGGACAACCUCAGGGCCUCUGCUUUCCUCAUUGAUUACAUUCAGACCUCACUGCCAGACUACAGGAACGCUGUGAUAGUUGCUCGAAACCCAAACUCAGUAAAGCGUGCAACAUCAUAUGCAGAGAGAUUACGCCUUGGCAUCGCUGUUGUGCAUGGGGAUGAGCGAUUGACCGAAUCGGACGAGGAUGAUGGGAGGACGUCGCCACCGCCUCUGCCGGAUCUGCAGUCUCGCAGCAAGGCUAACAAUGCUUUUGGCUUGGAACUUUUGCCAAGAGUGGCUGCUAAGGAGAAACCUCCAUUCAACGUAGUAGGAGAUGUGGGAGGUCGCAUUGCCAUCAUUGUGGAUGACAUGAUUGAUGACGUGGAUGCAUUUGUCAAAGUGGCAGACAUCCUGAAGGAGCGUGGAGCCUACAAGGUGCUUGUUGUAGCUACACAUGGUGUUCUCUCCUCCGAUGCUCCGCGGCUCAUAGAAGACUCAAGCAUUGAUGAGGUGGUUGUGACCAACACGGUUCCUCAUGAAGUGAAGAAGAUGCACUGCCACAAGAUUAAGACGGUGGACAUCAGUGUGCUGCUGUGCGAGGCAAUCCGGCGCAUCCACCACCGGGAGUCCAUGUCGUACCUUUUCCGCAACGUGGGCAUGGACGACUGAGGUGGUCACAGUCAGACACCGCCGAGGCCAAUCAGGGAUUCUGUUAUUGACGUUUGGUUACUGUUACAGUGACACUUGACGGUGUGCCUCAGCUUUUGACGUCUGCAAUUGUGACCCCUGUGUGAAAGAAUCCAAGUAAACAACAGACCUUUUUGUAUGUGUGUGAAUGCUUGUCUGUAUGUGUUUAUGUGUGCUCGCAGUUUGAUGUGCGUUACUUGACAUUGUAUUGUUGUAUCGAUUCGUGGUGUUAAUUGGUAUUGGGAGGGAAAUUUUGUCGGUGAAUUUUUUUUGUUACGAGGUGUAUGUAGAAUAUUGUGUUUUGCUCAUGCCAAAGCCUAUCAUGUGUGUAUGGGUAUUGCAGUUUAUGUGUUAAGGUUUUUAUAGUAUAGUUUGUAUGCAUUCUUAUGAUAUCAGACUUGUGUGAAAGAGCAUGAAUGCAACCUUUUUACUUUGUGUAUUUGAGUGUAUGACAGUGGCAAUGACAACUUUUGUUCAUAUUAUCCUCAGUGGAGGAAUAGCGUCUACUUACUGAAAAGAAUAAAGACUUUUUUUCAUAGGCUUUCUUCUUCCUUUUCUUUUCUCUGUGCUCUAUUCAAACACUCUCAUAUUCACUCACUUACUCACUGUCUUGUUGUUUUCUUCAAAGGCCAGGCACAGAUUCCCGAAAUCCCCUUUCCUUACAAAUUAUUAGUCACAUUCAUAUUUUACCAACAGUGCUUUGUGCAAAGACAACGUUUUUAAAUCCAUUAUUCAUGAAAAGAAGUUUUGCAUACUUUUGGUAACCUGACAGGUUGGCUGAAAUUAUAUUAUGAAGGAAUAUGAGUGUGUGAGUUUGUGUGCUCGUCAAUUAUUAUUUGUGUACAUAUUUUUAUUACAGAGUUUACGUAUGUAAAGUUGACCAAUCCUUAGUCCGUCUUGUUUGAUUUCCCCUCCCCAUGCAUGUUGUCACUGAGUGCUGUUGCUUCCUUGACAUCUCGGGAUUCUUUUGCCCUUUUACCUUUAAACGACUAACUCAUGUCAGCUGUCGGUGAAGACUUUGCUCAGACUCAGAGUACUCCGAUGGGGUUGUAGUGUUCCUUAGUGGUUUUUACCAACGCUGCAGUUUCUGCUGUGAGGGAAUUGUUGAACAGUGAGUUUGCUUUAUCCUGUGAUUAUGAUGUGAUUCCUUUGAAUUGUGUUUUCUUUCCCAUUAUAAUCUAAUUUUCUGUACAUCACGGUGGGAGAGUUAGGGGGGUUUCUCUUUGUGUUAUCACUUGAUCAUUAUCAGUCAUGCCUGAUCAUACCAGAUUUUCAAAAAUGUUUGUACGCAUUUCGUGGGCUGUGAGAAAUGACAAUCUGUUGUGUAUUUUAGGAAUGGUUUUGUGUGGUUUACUACUUAUAUAGAGAUUUAAUUCAUGUCCAUUGCCUCUGUUCUGGUCUCUACUUUUGGCUCAAGUUUCAAAUUUUUUUUAAUGAAAAAAGAACUGAGAUUUUAGUGUUUAUAUAAUUUUGUAGAGUGUUUUUAAUGUGGUUUGCUCCGUGAAUUCCCAUUCUGUGCAUUACAACAAUGUCAUUUUGCAUUUUUCAUGUGCUUUGCUGUCCAAGUUCAAUGCUCUUUAAGUUGCCGGAUUAUAAAGUCUGAUUUGCUCUUUUUUAUUCCUAUUUUAUUAUCUCAGCUGAUGCUGGGUUUUUUUGGUUUUUAGUAGGACUGGAGAGCAGACAUGGCAGUGGAAAGGUUAAUGUUGUCAUUGCAUCUGUGUUCUUGAACAGGCAAAUAGGCUACCAAAACAGGUAUAGCAAAAGCAAUAAAUGUCAGACUAAACAUUUUGUGUCAAUGUCAAAAAUUGCUAUUUCAUGUGUAUGUUACUGAAUGAGAAUGUGAGGCUUGUACUUUUUGUGUGCAUGUUGGCACUUUGGUUUAACACUGCACAUGUGUGUACUCCUGUUCAUGGGGAAUAUCCUGCUCAUGCAUGAGGCCAUUGGCCUUGGUACGGUAGGCCUAUUGUAUUUUCUAAAUCUUUACAUUAGCAGUUAAAAAUAAAACAGGCUGAUAGCUGAGCAACAAAGGUUAUGGAUCCUCUUGAGAUAUGGUAUUUAUAUGUGAAGGCUCUGUUGGUACUUGCUGUUAAGAGAUUGUUUUGAUUUUGUGGAUUCUGCAGAAUGUUCAGUGCAGUUAUUGUGAUGAGCAGUCAUGUUCACUUCAAAGAAGAAAGAUUGAAAGCACUUGGGUUGUUGUUUUAAUCAGAAGUUUUGAUAUAUAUAAUAUAUAUGCUUUCCCUUUUAAAAACACUAAUUGUGAAAUCACACUUGUCUCACUUUGAAUUGUAAAUGAUUGUGGUGCAGUGUAACUCCCCCAGUGUCCACCCUAAUUCUCUGUACCAUACAUAACUGGGUGUGCACUCCUCACAUGUGGUUUUUUUAUGUCAACGAUUGAUUAUACUUUCUGUCUGGGCUCAUACUGCCACCUAGUGUUGGGAAGUAUUUAGCCCUGCCUUGUUGGAAAUAAUUUGGAGAUGGGAAGUCGAGAAUAGUGUCUUUUCAUCGUGAGUGAUUUGAGUUUGGAAUGCUUUGUGCUGUUUGCUCCUUACACUUCCUUAGCACUGUUUUUAGUGUUACCAUCAUAUAUCAUUCAUAUUAUGCAGACAACAAGGUGCCCAUUUUAGUCUGUGCUCCUUAUGAUAAUGCCGUAAGCCUCUCAUGUCAGAUUUGAGGGAGCCAAGGACACAAACUUAUGACCAUGACAUUUUUGUGUUUCCUUUACCAACACCGAAGACUGAAGCAGCCCACCAUAGCAUGAUGUGAACCCUGGAUCAAAUACACGCUUGUGGCGCUCAUCAUACAAACAUGUUGCACUCAAUUAUUUCUCAAUGUGCUGCUUUACCUGUUUAUGACCCGAUGCUCCUCUUAUUAAUACUAAUACUUACUUGUAGUGUGCAUGGUUUGAGACUUUUUGGGGGGGAAAUGAAUAGCAAUUGUUGUAGUGUGAAGCACCUGGCAGUCUUCAAAACUUGAUAAUUGAAUUUGGCUUUUGAGUUUGAAUUACAUGAAUUACAUGUAGGCCUAUUAUAUGUAUGUCCUUGUGAUGAAAUCUGGCUUUCAUCAAAAUAAUUAAAUCAAAGAAAUCGUCAUUUUUCCGGCAAUUUUUAAUAUAAUUUUUGUUUUUGUUCAGCACCCUUUAUUUCUAUUGUUAAAAUCACAUUCCUGUGUAGAUAAAAUGUUGAUCAAACGCACACAAAAAUUUCAGUUUGCAGUUUCUAAGGCCACUCAAACUUUUGAAGCCACCAAACUUUGGCGGCCAUUUUCCGGUUAUUUUACCUAUGACAUCAGGUUACCCCCACCUCCUUCAAUUUAAUCAUAAAUAUUUGACUGCUAUUUGAGAUGGGUAUUUCUUUUUUCAUCACAAGCAAGACAAAUGAACAAGCUUUAAAUGGUACGGUACCAAUAACUCUAUAUUUGCCCAAAAAUUGACGAGCACCUGAUUUCCCAGCGUGUCAUAACACAUAUGAUGUUAUUGUUAGUAAUUUGCUGUAGAAUUUGGAAAAGACUCAAGCGAGGGUUCUUUUCACUAUCCUGUUUUGCUACUUCAAAUGUUAUGAUGGAUAGAGGCAGAAGCAAGGAUAGCACAUCUCAGAGACUGGACAUAACUUAGGUCAAAUAACUGCAUGGUAUUGGUGGGCACUCAAUCUUAACUUACUUCUACCCUUCUCCGGACCAAAAAAUAUUUUAGUUUUUAUGAGGCAUGCUACAUUCUUGGUGCCACUUUACUUUUGUUCUGGAAGUUUUCAGUUCUUUCCUCUCCGGUCCCCUUUUUUCAGGAUCUUUACGUUUAUAUUCUCUUUCUUGCUUACAAUAUUAUUUUAAAAACUUCUGAGAGUAGUGUCUGUUCUUUUCAACUCCAGUGCCCUGAGCAAAACAAAAAUAGUUUUAAGUACAUGUACAAUACUUGUGAGUCAUCCUCUGUGAUUUCAUGUUGUGUGAUUUUAGAAUGAUUCAAUUUGAUGAGUUACCGUUACAUCAUUAGCCUAUUACUUGUACUAUUGACUGUUACUGGUAGUUCUUGUUUGUAUUGAUAUUGGGAUAUGUCCUGACCACUGUGAAAAUUUGUUCAGUUUGGCCUACCUAUGAUUCAUCUCCACAACUGACAAACUCUUUUGUCUCCUGCUGUCUGUUUCUGUCUGUCUGUUCUAAGAAGGAAAGGAAAGAAAAUGUUGGGUUUUUUAAACAUUUAAUUUGUAUUGUGGGUCAAAAAAGAAGUGGAAAAUGUCCAGUACUGAUUGAAAUGUGUCAGCAUGAACUGUUUUGACCCGAUUAUCAGUGUUAUUUGUUGAAGUUUGUGAAUUAUGUAUGCUGGUAUCUGUUGUGUUACUGUUAUGAUAGGGUUUCUGCUUUACACAAAUAAGAUACUGGAAAUGGGUACAGUGGGUUUUUUUCUUGCAUUUUUGUCUUAAAUUUUUCAGAAAUAAUAGUAUUAAUAAUUUAGCAUUUUAUUGCACAUUACAUCCAUGCUCCACAACAUGUUAUAGCAGUGCCAGUAUAGACUGUACCUUAUACAGCUAAACCUCAAUAACACCCCCUCCCCCUCCCCCACUGUUGUGUGCCAGCAGUAAAGUCCUCACUAAACUAACAUAUUUGCCCUCAACAUGACCGGCAAACUGGCUACCUUCCAAAAGCAAAAUUUAUACCACACACAGCUACUGACACCUACUUGGCAGCUGAGCAGUUAUAAAUAUAAUGUUUCUUUUCCCCCCACACGACUCUUUGAGCUAGAUUUAAUUGAUGUCACGCUUUUCUCUGAUUUGCUCCCUCCUCACCCAUGUCUUGUAGACAAGCAACACGUAUAAAAUUUAUCAAGUAGCCACUGAUCCAGCUGAAAGCCUUAUUUUUUAUUUAAAUUUAUUUUAUGGGGUCAUGACGAGACAAUCAGCUGGAGCUGUAAUUAGUUGCUAAACCCCCCCCUAGAAAAAAUAAAAUUUUGUAAAUGUUUACGACAUGUAUGAAUACACUAAGUCUAAGUACUAUACCAAGACUAGAUUGUCUCAAGUGAGAAGCCUGAACACCAGCUCGAUUUACGAGGAGGUAUCAAUAAUUUUUAUUUUUACCUAAGUUUGAAGGAGUGGAGCUACGAACUUGAAAUUUGAACAGGUUCAAGAUACAUCUAAGCUAAGAAUGCACACCAAUAAUUGGGAAUUUCCUUCAAUAGCACUUUACAUUUUAGUUGACAAAAUGGAAUAAAUUGAAAUGAAAGCUGUGAUGAAGUUCCUUCAUCUCCAAGACCACGGUCUGUACACGAUGAAAUGUCAGUAGUGUAUGGAGAUAUCUGCCCGAGCUAUGAUGUGGUCAAAUAUUGGUGGGAAAAUAACUCAUUAAAAAUAUUCUUAAUAUAAUAAUAUGAAAAAUAAUUGUCCUUAAUCUAGUCAUGACAGAAUCAUUCCCCUUGACGUUUGACCCCAUUGUACUUAUUAUUAUACCGCCAACUUAAUGCUCAUCCCAAGGUUGGCGAUAUAAUAAAUUUUAAUUUUAACUGGGUUCUAAAUUAUAUUACCAGUAUAUUGAUGAUUCGGAGUUUUUUAAAAUACAAUCCUGAGCUGUGCUUUUUUAAAAGAGAUAUAAAACCAAUUUUCCCCAAGAAAGAAUUCAUUUGUGUGCCUACUUGUUGAACUUGUAAACAUUUUUAGGGCAGUGAAAUGUCUUCCCUCUUCUGUCUUGUUCGACUUGAAUAAAAAAAAAUAUUAUGAGAA